AGUAGAAGACGUCAGUAGAAUGAGAUCGAUGUGAAGCAGUUGUCACGGACAUAGCCUUACGUGUGCACCUCUUACUGUGCCGCUGGAAGAUAAUGUAGAUAAAUUUGGCGGCCAAUCCCAUCAUGGCGCCUUAUGUUUCGCUUUGCGGAUUUUUGGGUCUUCUCUUGCUUGGAUUUCAAGGAGUUGAUGCAGCUUUGUCGGGUGCAGACAUCACCGGGGAUACUGAUGGCUACUUUUUCCUCACAAGCACCGGCUGUGCAUGCUGUGCUAUGGUAACCGUAACUACCACUGGAGGAGGAACCUUCACAAUAACCAAAGACGGAUCUGAUAUCGUGACGGAGGCAGUUACGCAACCCUCUUCGAGUGUAACAAUGCCUUGUACGGCCUUUGGAAACACACCUGGAAUGUACACUGUCACCAUGACCGUGACACAAGGAGGAAACUCGCACACGGAAACCAUGGUGGCGGUGUAUGAGGAGACAUUGGUAGGCUACUCCGUCACCACCAGUCAAGUCAUUGCGCCUCCAUACACGCAGAUCACAUUUGACAUGGCAGUCAACCAGGGUACCAAUGCACUGUUCACCGUGGACUGUGUCACCAACAUCCAACUUAUGAAGUCCUGUGAUGGGAAUACACGUACCGCCACCUACAGUCAGAUGUUCAACGAUACCGGCAGUCACGUCGUCACCACGAUGGUGUCCAACUACGGGAGCAAAUUGAGUGAGGUUGUUGUGGUGACUAUUAUCCAUAAUAUGAACAAUGUAGCAAUAGCUAUAGGUAAUAACAAACCACAAACUACCGAGGACCCAGGCAUCAAGGUGACGAUGGCGAGUGGAGCACAGUUACCGAUGGGUAACCUUACAGGAUGGCACACCUGUACAGCUGGCGAAACUCAAGAAGUUCUUGAUCUCAGUGGUCUUACCGCUGGUGGCGAGGUAGCUAUUCCGUGUGUUUGCGACACUCAAACCAACAAAACCGUCACCGUCAAUGUGAGUACAGAACUGGACUCUAUCCAAGAAACGUACGAGAUCUAUUGCUGGGACAUACUAAACAUAACUGUUACUCUGGAUAAAGACGUACAACCUAUCAAUGAAGUCGUACCAUUUAAUAUUGAAAAUGUUCCCAAUUAUGGAAUUCAGUGGAAUAUUGAUGCAUGCCAGAAUAACAUACUCACAAAUACUGACGCAUCCAGUUAUGGCAGCACUUACUUGUCUAAACCUGUGGAUCUGAGCAGCAUCAUCUACACCGAGACUGGGAACUGCACUUUUCAUGCUACAUUCUGGAACGAGAUGUACAUUGUUGUUCUUGAUCUCACUUUCGAACUAAGUAUAGGAGUAAGUAAUCUUACAGCCGAACCAAGCGCACUGGAGCUGUUGACAGGCGAAAGUUUCACCUUAACCGUUAAUGCAACAGGCUUGGACAUCUUUUGGGCUGUUGAUUUCACAGAAGCAAUGGUAGUUCAAAGUGGGUGCUCAGGGCUGGUUGCUGAACACAAUUUUACAGCUGCUGCAAUUUACACUGUUGAAGUCAUGGCAUCAAACAGGGUCAACAACAAGAGUACCUCUCUUGAAAUUAGCGUUGUAUACCCAAUUAAUGGCUACACAGUCACCGUGACGGCACCCUCAAUCCAAUCCCAUGAGAACUUGGAAAUCAACGUCGCUCUUGCUUCAUCGCCAAACGUCCCGAUGGGAAAUCUUUCAGUGACAAUCUCUCCUUGUGGUGACGCGGACUCAACAGAUUUAUUGCCUGUCUCUGCUGGUGCUACUAAUAAUUUCAAUUGCAACUUCACAAAACAAGGUAACUACUCUAUUGAUGUUACAGUGGCAUCUCGCGUUUCUUCAGAAAACUUUACAGUUGAAGCUGUUGUAUGUGACAACUUGGCAAUAACUAUAAGUGUGGACAAGACUUCAUGGGCUGUUGGAGACUCGGUGACUGUCACCAUGAACACUUUACCCAUGUCAGGCUUCAAAUAUAGAGUUGAUAUGGGUGAUAGUACGACCGUCCACUCAAAUGAGGCAGAUUCAGUGUUGGACAGUUUGAAUACCUUCACUGCAAUCCCAGCGCAGGCGUACAGCACUCCAGGAACAUACACGGUUAGCCUUUAUGCAUAUAACCAGUGCUACUCUGUAUCCUCAUCUGUAGUUCUUGCUGUUGAAUAUGGGAUCCCUCCAUGCAACUUAGUGAUCGUACCAAACCGAAAAAUAGUGACACCGGAUGACACAACAACCUUUUCAUUUGUGACACAAUCAGGAACAACAACUGACAACCCAACUAAUGUCACAUGUACAUGGAAUCUGGGUGAUGGGACACCUGUGACUAACCAACUCACUGAAAUGGAUUUCAGUUCAAGUUCAACGGGCUACGCCAUAGCACACGACUACACCACCGCAGAGGGAACUGUGAACUACCAGGUAGAUUGUGAGAAUCGUGUUAGCAAUGUCAGCUUUAGCGGGACUGUUGACGUGGUGAUUGUGCGGGCAGCAGACUUUUCUGUCACUUUUGAACCUGUUACACCCUUGCCUGAAGGAACAUGCACUAACUUUGAUAUCACACUUUCCUUUCAUAAUUUAUCAGCAGUGCCCAAUAAUGUCACGUACAAAGUGGACUACGGCGACGGCAAUGGGGUGUCAGCAGAAACUAGCCUCUCCACAUAUGUUGUGUCUGCAAGCCGCUGCAAACGGGGAGCUUUCACCGGAGAUCUGACUGUUGUUUAUAAUGGUGUGUCACAAGCUAAUGCUGUAGCUUAUUCUUUGGGAACCUGUUCCCUCAAAUUGGUUGGGUCAACACUCAUGGGUCUGGUGGGAUCACAGUCAUUCAGUUUCACACUUUCGAAUCACCUGGCUGCAGAACAAAUAACGGUCACAAUAGACUGGAAAGAUGGAAAUACUGAGGAUCAGACUCUGACUGGUGGUCAGUCUAUCACUGUAACUCAUACCUUUGCUACACACGGUUCCAAGAAGCCUUCAUACACUGCCACUACCAGCUUAGGUAAUGAUGGCGCAUCAUUGGAAAAGGAGCUUUACCUCAUGUAUCCUGUGGACAACCUUGAGCUUGAGAUCCCAGAACCAAUUCUUCUUGGGGUGACAAUUGAACCGAACAUAAUCUACAGCGGAAGUAACUUUUUGAUGAAUAUGACCUGCAACAUAACAUAUGACUCAACUACUGGUGAACUUAUGACUGGAGUUGAUCUCCAGCCGUCUCCAAAUAAUAUUGCAACAGCAGUUGGGAACAUGUACAUGGCCAUCCAGGAGGAAACGAUAAUCGUCAUUUGUUCAAAUCCACUGACCUCCAAAAAAUUGAAUGCUACUUUUGAAGUUUCAAGUGAUUGCUUCUUAGCUCCAGACAUAUUUGAGUCGAUACACAGACGGAUUGAUACACCCAUGAGGGUCUACAGGUCAGCCCUUCCUACCCUUACAGCUCGUGUAAAACUCUCUGACAAAUGCAAGAACACAACAGAGUUCGACUUUCAGUGGACGUUCCAGAAGCAAGAUCCGGUCACGCAAAACUUUGAACCCUACCCUAUGGAAUCACCAAAUAUGAUUUCCAAUAACCUCGCAACCUCUACUAUUGAAGAAGGGUUCUACUUGGUUCAACUUUACAUGAAGCUGGUAGAGCGUGAGAAUGACUAUCUGCAAGACAAACAGUACAUGAAGAUUGUUAAUCCUCCGCUCGUGUGCAGUAUCGUCGGGGGAGAUUUCACCAUGCUUGGCAAAGGAGAAAAACUUGUUUUGGACGCGAAAACUAACUCGUACGACCCCUUAAAUGGAAUUAAACAGGAGAGUGGGUUGGAUUAUACAUGGGCGUGUUACGUGGUUGACAAUUGCGAUGAUGCUCAGGUAUAUACGUUGCCGAAGAGUACCGACAGAAGUUAUCAGAGUAAAACGAGUUGUGGCCUUAACUUUCAAAAUGAAGGCUACAUUGAAGUCGACACUUCACCUUUAGAUUUUGGAAAGUGUUUUGUAUUCGAACAGACAAUAAGCAAGGACUCCCGUAAUUGCACAACUAUACAAGUGGUCCAAGUGACGGAGGUGCCACCCUGCAAAAUUGCAAUGAUGUGUUUGAAAAAUUGCAUGGAAAAAGUCACACCUGAGGAGCCAACAGCCUUCGAAGUCAAUAUAGUAUGUGAUGGUGCCACUAAGGAACAACUAGAUGCUGCAGUGUAUGGAUGGAGCCUCUCCAAAUUUGACUUUGCUAGCUCGCUGUUCACCGACAUUCCCUGGGACAGUAAUUUCAUUCGGCAACCUACCGAUCGGCUGUUUGAGUUAAAUCAUAACUUCUUCACGGCCGGGGAGAGCUACAGAUUGCAGAUUACAGCAGAGGCAGCGGGGCGACCACAGAGCAAGGCAUACAAGACCUUAGUGGCCAAUGAAACACCAAGAGGCGGCACCUGUACGAUAUCACCACUAGAAGGUGUGUUUCUGAACACUACAUUCUCGGUUCUUUGUGACGGCUGGAUGGAUGAAGGUAUCCGGAAUGAAAAGGACGACGCAGUUGACAUCCAGGAACCACUCAAGUUGAAGAUAUUACAGGAUGGCAACCUUAUAAGUUUAACAGACUUUACACGCAAAGUGUCACAUUCGGCCGUCGACCUGAAGGUCGGUACUGAGCAGAACAAUUUCGACACAGUUGUUGAAAUGAUCAUCUUAGAUGCAUUUGGAGGCAAGGCUGCCUUCAACCAGACUGUCAAGGUCGAGAACAGCAUGCCCCCAGUCCCGGCCUUUGGGACAGCUGCAGCCAGCUCUAAUCUAACACAGGAAGAGAAAGAACAGCAAGAAACGGUAUUCAAUAACUUCCUGCAGAGUGCCGAGGAUUCUGUUAGCUUUUCAGCGGGUAACGGUGCACCUCUUGACACGGCCGUUGUCAUUGCAUCAUACGCACAGUCAAUAAACUCCGUUACGUUUCCGACUGUUAGUUCUGAUGACGUUACACAAGUCACCAAUGAAAACGCAGACGCCGAGUUGUCCCGAACACUUGAGGCAGGAACACAGGUCAAUCCUAUGUUAGAAAAGAUUCAAGGGGUCAAUGAGGUAUUCGUUGCCUCGCUCAGGGAUGGCAUUGAGAACGAACUGCAGCAGCUUGCCAAUUCAAGCAAGACGCCAAGUGCAGCCACAAUUAUUACAUUUGCAUCUAGCUUGGCCACAGUUGUCGCUGAACCAACACUCCUGAAUGGGGACACUAUCGGAAGCGCCGGAGAGUCUCUAUCCAUGCUUGCAUCGGUCAUGGCAGCUGUUGCAAAUUCAACCUUAAGUACUGUAGCUGUGGAGCAAAUGCAAGGUGCUGUUGGAUCGUUGCUCAGCAACGUCAUCCACUGCAACAACUACUUCGCUGUAACUGGUGUGGAAGUGGACGGAGCUGACCGGUUCGAUAACAGCACCGACAAAGAUGAAGGCUUCAAUCCUGUGGAGGCAGACUACCUGCAGAAACUCCUGAAGAGCAAGAAGGAAAUCCAACUGAAACAGGCCACCGAUCAGCUCAACCAGAACAUUAAAAGCAUUCUGUCAGCUGCAAACAACAUGUACAAACUGGCCAGUGGACUGACGACAGAACAAUCGUCGAAUGUUGUGGAAGAGGAAACAUUUAUCCAAUCUGUUCAAAAAGAUACGGCCAAUAAUAUAAUAAAUAGCAGCAAGGGCGUCAACGGUUCUACCCUGGCUGUUGACAGCGUUGUUGGGAUAGACCCAGAAGACAUCAUUGAGAACAAUCUGGUAGUUCUCAAAGAGAACCCCUUCAUCACAGGACCAAAUGCUAAGAUGGCGGAAUACCCCGUCACCAUGGCUAGCAUGACAAAGAACGGGAAGAAAAUACAGCUGAAAGGUGCAGUAGUCUCACAGACAGACCCAGUAGAAGCUCCCUAUGUGUUCUACCGCGAUCCGAAGUUUACACCCGGAGAUCCAGGGUAUAUGCUGUAUCACCCCUUCCUCUACAGGGCUUCAAGUGAACAAAUCUGCAUAACAUCCAAGCCAGUAAACGAGUCUGUGUGUUAUGACGUAUGUCUCCGAGCCCUCAUACCUCCGACAGAGUUCGAGUACGACCACUGUGACAGAAACGUCACUGGCAACAUCGGCCUAGAGUACUGUGCUCCGCCCGGGGGCUGCAAAAGAACAGGCACAUGUUGGCUGGGGAUUAUACCCUUUGCAUGUGAAGCCUCUGGGAGUGACCAAGGACAUCGUCGAGCAAGGAGAUCAGCAAGCGCUAACGACACAGGAGCCCCUGUAAGCAGUAGCGUCACCGACCAGGGUGGAGAUGCCAACAGCACUGACCCUCUGCUGACUCCCUACAAUCUAAGAAUCGUAACACUAUCCUGUCUUAGCUGGGAUGGUGGAGAACAAGACUGGGAUGCGUCUGUGUGUAAAGUUACACGAGACCCUGUUAACAACAAGACCAUGUGUAAGUGCGGUGACAAGGAGGAUGUCAUCACCACCGUCUCCUUCUUUGUUGCCCCAAACACCAUCGACUUCUCAACGGUGUUUAGCAAGUUCGACAUCGCAGGUCAAGGCGCCGUCCUCGGCACAAUACUUGUCUGCUUCGUGCUGUUUGUGAUCUUCCUGUUCUGGGGACGGUACAUGGAUGGACAGGAUGUUCUUCAGUGGGGCGUGACACUUAUGGCUGACAAUUACAAGGGCGAUAGCUACUACUACCUCCUAACCAUCCACACUGGGAUGGUCAGGCAUGGCGGUACACAGUCCAAAAUAGGUUUUUGUAUUGCUGGUGAAGAUGAGGACACUGGCGUAAGGAUGCUAUCUGAUGGCGUUCGAGAGGAAAUGAAAGCGGGCAGCACCAUGCAUUUCCUGAUGGCCGUUCCCCAGUGUCUUGGAACCUUGCAGUGCUUCAGGGUCUGGCAUGACAACUCGGGCAAAGGAGACUCUGCUUCCUGGUACCUCAAUAGAGUUGAGGUCACAGAUCUCCAGACAGCUGAUAAGUAUGACUUCCUAUGCUACCAAUGGAUGUCCCUGGAAGAAGGAACGCUAGACAAGGCUUUGGCACUGUCCUCUACGGAAAACAUGAAGAAUUUCAAGACCAUGUUCUUCGAGCACGCACGUCACCAUCUGACUGAUGAUCACCUGUGGGUGUCUGUCCUCCUCCGACCCGUCAAGAGUCAUUUCAGUCGUGUUCAAAGAGUCGGAUGCUGCUACACUUUGCUCAUGUUGGCCAUGAUAUCAAACGCCAUGUUCUUCCAAAGCAAGGAAAAUAAGGACAGGAAACAGUCAUCCGAUUUUUCAAUUGGCCCCAUCAGUUUCAGUCUGAGUCAGAUAUACAUUUCCUUUAUUUCCACCAUCAUCACGGCUAUCCCAGUGUUCUUUAUCAUGCUCCUGUUUAGAAAGUCAAAACUAAGCGAGAAAGCCACAAAGGAUGGAACCCGACUGUGGAUGCCUCACUGCUUCCGGAAGUUCAAGUUCUACAAGCAGUCCAAGGCCAUUGAAAAAAUCAUGGUCAUCAGGGACAUCGUUGAUGACCAAGAUGGUGUCCUGCCUCACUUCUGCGUGUACAUCUCCUGGGUAUUUGCUUUCAUCUGUGUCUUCUUAUCAGCCUUCUUCAUAAUGUUGUACAGCAUGGAGUGGGGCAAGGACAUUUCAGAAGAAUGGCUGGUGACCUUUAUCCUGUCCUUCUUUGAAUCGCUCAUCAUUAUGGACCCUGUGAAGGUUCUGGUGCUGGCGAUUCUGUUUGCCAUAUUGCUGAAGACACUCAAGGCAAGCAAACCAUCUCACUUUGACCUCAACCACAUUGGCAGGAUGAACAGAGAGAAUGGCCAGCACGGAGAGGGGCGGGCUCGACUGGACUACCGCAGUCCAUUCUCAGAAGAGGAACUCCAACGUGCGAAAUUGCAAUGUCGGCGCCGGAAUACGAUUAGGAAGGCAAUUCAGGAACUGCUCGCUAACAGUUUCUUCCUGUGGCUUCUCGCCAGCAUCAGCUACAGCAACAGAGACCCCCACGGGUUCCUUCUGCAUCAGAACAUCAAGAACACCUUCAUGGAACCAUUCAAACCGGCUAUAACAUUGGAACAUGUAAACACAUCAGCGCACUACUUCAAAUGGCUCGACGAAACUGUCAUCCCUAACCUUUUCCCUACGAAUAACUUCAAUGGAUCCCGCCUUACACCAAACAUGAGAUUAAGGAUCGGUGAUCUCAGUAACUACCGUGUUGGUGCACCUCGACUCCGUCAAGUGAGACAGGCAGAGAAAACUUGUACAAUACCGUUUGUUGGAAAGACACAGUGCUACCCUGAAUACGACCUCGCAACGGAAGAAAACAGAGACUUCUGCAAAAGGUGGCGGCAACAAUCUAAAUGCCCUGAAAAUGAAGCUCUUGCUGUCACCAAUGCUGCAUGGACUUUUGUAUCAGCUUUAGAUAUCUGGGGCCUUCCCAUCACAGGCCAGAGGGCAGUCUAUGGCGGGGGAGGCUACAUAGCUGAACUUGACAUAAAUCGACAAGUUGCUGAAAUGGCCUACCAGGAACUGUUUGAAAGUCGAUGGAUUGAUAGAAAUACUCGAGGUGUAUUCUUGGAAUUCACCCUUUACAACGCCAACAAAAACAUGUUCUGCUAUGUGAGCAUCCUGGCCGAGUUUCCUGAGAGUGGCGGUGUCCUUGAAUUCACAAAUGUAUUUCCGUUCAGAAGCUUCAACCAUAUUGGAACAGUUGGAAAAUACAUACUCUUCUGCGAAAUCGUCUUCUUCAUCUUCACGAUCCUCUGGCUGGGAUACAUCUCCUUCAAACUAAUGAAAGAACGAUGGUGCUUCUUCAAGAGCUUCUGGAACGUCGUUGAGCUGGCCAGUGUUAUCAUUUCCUUUAUUGCUGUUAUCUUGUACUUCAUUCGUCUCACUUACACGAAUGAAGCCAUGGCCUUGUUCAAAGAAAACGACCGAGUCUUCAUCAACUUCUACCACAUCGCAGUAUGGGACAACCUCUUCGUGUACGCCCUUGGUUUCCUGGUGGGCAUUGCAACACUCCGGCUGCUGAGAGUCAUGGGUUAUUCCAGAGUCACUCAAAUUGUAUACCUUGUUUUGAAGGAGAGUUCAAAGACACUGCCAGGGUUUUUCUUCUACAUCCUUCUUAUUUUGUCUGCUUAUGGUUUCCUGGGUCAAAUCGUCUUCGGUUCUAACGCCUUGGCCUACAAAGACUUUAUCACCACCAUGGAAACCCUAUUUUCUGCUGUGCUUGGACACGCAGGCUUUAGAAACACCAACGUGCCUGUCAGCGACUCUUGGAUAUCUCUCAUCUACUUCGUCUCGUUCAUCCUUAUUGUCGUCUUUGCUCUGUCCAACAUCUUCAUGACAAUCCUGCUGGACACCAUGUCUUUGGUCGGAGAUGAUCCAAAGAAUCUUAACUACAAGGAAAUUGAACUGUUUGCAUACAUGUGGGAUUCAGCUAAGACACUUAUCACUGGGAAGAAGGAACCCACAGGACUCGACACCACUAAACCUGGACCAGGGCUGUACGAUAAUACUGACGAACCGUACGCUGCUGGGAACUUUGGGUUAGGAGACGCCCAUGACCGGAAAAUGCAAAUGAAGAUGGAUCUGGCAGCAGCAUUCAAUGCCAGUGUCAAGCCUGCCUACAAGUACUGAUGAUGGACACAAAAUCCUACACAUGUGGAUGCAUCAAAUCUAUAAAUAAAAAGUGUUUUAAAACACAACAGUGAUUACUGCUGGUAGUCAUGGUGAAAUGCGUCCAUGUGUUUUGGGACAUUCAUAAAUUUUAAAGUUUAACUGACUGACUGGACUGUGAUAUGACAACUUAUACUAUUUACCACUUUCAGUAACAUCUACCACCCAUUUAUUCUUGUAUACACAUGAUAUAUUUUCUUUGAUCAAAACUGUUAUUGAUGGAUAUUUAUGAACGUUUAUAUGUGUUCACAACAAUAGUGUAAUGUUAACGUAUUUGAACAGUUCAUGUCUGGUAGUCUGCACUUAUAUAUUGUAGUAUUUGUUUGUGUACAUACUUACAUACAUAUCUACUUUUUCUGUAAAUAUUGUGUACGAAGUCCACAUAUAAGGAGGUCACAUUUUAUCUGCAAGUCAUUUAGACAAGUUGUGAUCAUUUAAAAGGCAUGUACUUUCUGUGAGAAUAGUUGAAACCUACCAAAAUCGAUUUUGGAUAAUCAUGAAUGUUUAGGUUCUGCAGACAUAUUUUGUCUUAGACCCGCUUUGCGUAAAAUGUCACCUUAGUGCUUUGUAUUAUAAAAAUCAAAUUGUUUACAUGUGAUUUAAGCCACUGUAACUGUCGGUCAAAAGAGUUAUCUCCCUUAUAAAAUUUGCACGGUUCUUAGGUUCAUUGGUGUUCUUGUGUCGCCGAGUGAAUACAUUUUAUUACUAUAUAGUCGUGCUUUAAAUAUCACGUGUAAGAAGUAUUAAGUAAUAUAACCAGUGAAUACAUAUUAUGGUAGAAGUUGUUGUUAAAACCGAUUAUCAUUGGGUUUCUUGUACACUGAAAUUUCUACUUCUUCACAAGAUGGAAGUCUCAAGCUGACCGUUAAUGGGCGAAAUGCAAAUAAAUAAAUAAACCCAGAAGGAUAAAUCUAUGUCUCGGCAAAAAUAAUUUCAACAAAUUAGGCCACUUAUUUAUAAAAAUUACUUUUGAUACUCAUUAACUUGUGAUCUAUAUGAUCGUUGUUUGUUACCAUGACUUUUUCCAUGUCAUAACGUCGUCACCAGCUGUGAUAUUAGAUUAUAAUUUAUGAUGUUUGAACGUGCAUAAAGUUUGCCUUUUCGGCUUGUUAAACGUUGUUUUCUUUGCAAAUCUUGUGAAAUAUACAAUAGUUUAAUUAAAGUUGGGAUAUUUUCCACUCUGUGUAUUAGUGAUUUAUCAACUUGAUUCCAACAUAUAUUUGACAAAUACUUUUGUAAGCUAUACUUCGUAUAUUUCUGUUCAAUAAACACUAGCGCUACACA